AAGUUGUCUUUCUUUCUCUCAUACACACAUUUAUAUAGCCACACAAAAAUUCCACAUACCUAUAGUGAGUUUCUCAAAUAAGUCACGAGAAAAACAAUUAGAAAUGGUGUCCAAAGUUGAAGAAGCCACGAAGGGAAAGCAGCAGCAACCGCAGCAGCCAUUUCACCAGCAGCAAUUGCAGAAGCAAAUGCAGUGCAACAAAGGAAAGGUUUGCAAGUUCAAGAGAAGCAGCUCCAAUCUUGAAGAAGAUGGUGCCUCCUCCGCCAUUCUCUUGCUUGCUUGCAUCGUCUGUGCUCCCUCAUAUGGAUAAAACGCAUAGCCAUAUAUAAGCUGAAGAUGUCCUAACUAAUUUCCCAUAUAUAUAUGUACCCCAUUUGUCUUUCUUAAUUCUUCCAUUCCUUCUAGCUUCCUUGCAGUUUAUGUUCAUUCAUAGCAAUAGGAAUAUAGAUAUAUAGGCAUAUGCUUAUUACUUAUUAGUUCCCAUGCCUCUCCUUCCUCAAUUUGGUAAGUAUUCUUUAUCAAACCUUUCUUCAGCUAUAUUCUGGUUGUAUGAGUUUAAUAAAUAUCAUUUAGAAGUAAUUGUUAUA